AUGUCGCAGCCAUUAUCUGCUCGCCCAGCCGUUGCCCCCAUCCAGUCCUCCAGCGCGCACAUCUCCAGCUAUAGCAGCAGCUCAAGCCUCACCUCGCCCUCUCCUCAGUCCGCAGCGCCUCUAUCCUCGCCCACCAUGUCGACUUCCCAGCAGCAACAGCAGUUGUUUGGCUCUUUGAACCAGCCUCAGCAACAGCAGCCACAGCAGCAGCAGCAACAGCCACACCCGUUGCAGCUCCAGAGACAUCCUAGCUACGAGUACCAGCCCAACAGGCAGGGAGCUGGUUCCACCCGGAACGAGACCGCCGCAUACCUCAAUUCAGCCGCGCUGCUCGCAGAAGCCGCAAAACGUGCCUCGAUACAAGUCGUCAUGAGGGACAUCGAAGAGAUGGAACUCUGA